AUGUUCAAACGAGUAGCAAAGGCAACGAGCAAGAAGGUCCUUGUCGACGACCUCAAGGACGCAGCCGGCGACGACACCGCCAUUGGCAUCGACAAGCUGGUCGACGAAUCCUCGAGCUCCGAAGGCGAAGACUCGGACGGAGAUGACGACGACGAUGACAGCGAAGACGAUCAAGAUGUCGAAAAAGAUGGCGAAGCUGAAGAUGAGGACUCCCCAAAAGCAGGCUCGAAACGCAAGCGCUCCAAGGACGAACAACAAGACGAGCAAGCAGACGACGUUGCAGCUCAAGUAACAAUAGACGAUGCCAUCAAGGACCCCAUCUACGUCCCCACGGAAGGCGAGAAAAAGCACGGCAUCUUUGCUUCCCGCUGCAUUGUCUGCGAAGCUGCCGUGCUGAAAAGCACCGAUCUCGUCAACGCGCAUCUCGAAGCCAAGGCACACAAGCGCCGCUUGGAGCGCUUUCAUCAGUUUGUUCAAAAUCAGCUCUCUGAAACGCAGCGCAAAGCCUUGGAUGCAAGAGACGCUGUCGAACAGAUGGAUGCUUGGAAGGCUCAACAGGACGAACUCGAAAAGCAGAAGCUUGCAGCAGCUCCACCGAGUAAGAGGGCUUUGGCCAAGAAGAGAAGGCAGCCGAGUUCCGCCAGAAAAAGAAGGAGCAGUACUUGA